GUCUGCUAUUUUCCCCCACGUGGCGUCCGCGGUGGACGAGCGGUGGACGUUGAGGUUAUGUUUCGUGCGUCGUAGGACUUGCGGGAAAUAUGCAACGGCCAGGGGACGAGGUUGGUGAAAAACGGAGAGUUUGGACGGAGGAGGAGCGUUUGGAGCUUGCGGCGAAGUUGGACAACGAGCUGGACGAGUACAUAAGCGGCCUCGAGAGCAAGAGCUACGCGGAGGGAUGGCCGGAGGACCGGUGGCAAGAGGAGAUGGAGAAGCACCCCUUCUUCAUGAAGAAGGCGCCGGAACCCGGCGACGAGCUGUCGCCCCUGAUGGAGGGGCUGCAGCAGCUCAAGUACGGAGAGGAUGUGAACACUCCGGAAGAAUUGGCAAACAAUUACAAGGAGGAUGGCAACUUCAAUUACAAGUACAAAAAGUACCGCCUUGCUAUUCUCAGUUACACAGAGGGAAUAAGAACCAAAUGCAAGGAUGACGAUUUGAUGGCUCAACUUUAUAAUAACAGAGCCGCGUCGCAUUUCAUGUUGCAAAAUUACAGAUCAUGCUUGAAUGACUGCAAAUUGGCCUUGAAGUUGAAGCCACGAUAUUCGAAGGCUUUGAGCCGAGCUGCCGCUUGUAGUUUUCACAUUGGAGAUCAUGACCAAUGCAUCGACUUGUGCGACCAGUUCCUCGAUCAUAGUCCAACCGAUAAAACGAUAUUGAAAUUAAAAUCUGAUGCCGUAGUCGCAAGAGAGCGUUUACGACGAGACAAGAGGAAGCGGGAGAGGGAAGAGAAAAAAUCGGAUAAGGAGGACCAGAAGUUGUUAGAAACGAUCUCUCGGAAAGGUAUUAGCUUAGAGUUGACGAGCGACAAACAAAAGCUGGAAUUGAGAGAUCUGGAGCCUCAAGUACCACAAAUAGCGCAUAGCAGAGUGCACUUUGACGCGACGGACAAGCUUGUGUGGCCAGUGAUGAUUUUGUACCCGGAGACUCAGCAAACUGACUUUAUACAAAAUUUCCACGAAGACACAUUAUUGAUCGAACAAUUAAUCGAACUGUUCGAGGAGCCUCCCGAGUGGGACGCAAAACGUCGUUAUACCGUGGAAAAUAUCAAUGUAUAUUUUGAAGGAAAAAACAAGUGUUCCGUUCAUAAAGUGGACGUCCAACUCGCGUUGAGCGAAAUACUACGGGAUAAACAGUUUGUAGUUCGCGGUGGUACACCGGCUUUCCUGAUACUCGUGAAAUCCAGCGAAGCUGAGAAACAUUUCUUAGCAAAUUAUUAAAUGUUAUUAUAUGUGUAUUGUAUGCACUGCACGCAUUAUUAAUUGAAAACGAAAUUUGCACCAAUAAGAUUUUGUAUGCGCAUCUUUUCAGUAGUUAGACAAACACAUUUGUCUAACAAAUAUACUUUUUUAUAGUAAAGAUA